AUGUCCAUGUCCACGCAAGACGCUGCUACCGUGAGGGACGGCUUUCCUCGCCCAUUUCCCAACACCCCGAACAAUGUCCUGGAGCAGCUUCGUCUUGAUGGCAAGGUCGUUGUCGUAACUGGCGCCGCAGGUGGAAUUGGCUUCGCGGUGGCUGAAGCUAUGGCUGAGGCAGGCGCAAAUGUCGCUUUGUGGUACAACUCUAACGACACGGCUAUCGAAAAGGCCGAGACCUUGGCCAAGGAACACAACAUCACGACCCGUCCUUACAAGGUCGAUGUGUCCAACUCUGAUCAAGUCCAGAGCAUGAUCACCAAAGUGGUAGAGGACUUUGGGAAAAUUGAUGUCUUUGUGGCCAAUGCUGGAAUGGCUAUCUCAAAGCCUAUCCUUGAGCAAACCCUGGACGAAUACAAGAAGCAGAUGUCGGUAAAUGUUGAUGGCGUAGUAUUCUCCGCCAAAUAUGUCGGCGAGGUUUUCCGUCGCCAAGGCUUUGGAAACCUGAUUAUCACCUCGAGCAUGAGCGGCCAUAUCGUCAAUGUUCCUACCGACCAGCCCGUCUACAACGCCAGCAAGGCCUUUGUGACCCAUUUUGGAAAGUCCAUUGCCAGAGAGUGGCGCGAAUUUGCUAGAGUCAAUAUCGUGUCGCCAGGAUUCUUCGAUACCAACAUGGGCGCUAGUCCCGAAUGUCUCAGCGAGGCGUACCGUAUGUCCGUCUUUGGCAGGCAGGGUCAUGUUAAGGAGAUCAAGGGCCUCUAUCUCUAUCUGGCUAGCGAUGCUUCUACCUACAUGACCGGAAGCGAUCUCCUUAUUGACGGAGGAUACGUGUUGCCCUAA